CAGAGUAGUGACAUCAGCGGGGGGAGGGAUCGAGUUUAAAAAUUUACCGGUUACAGCGUAUUUACACAGAUUGUCUGUGCGCCAGAAAAGCAGCGAUAUAACGUGUCUCCCAGCCUUUCUUGCCUUAACUCACCAUGUCUAAUCCGGACAAGUUGACAUUUCCGAGGUUUUCGGUUGUAGAUCUGGUUAAUUUUUUCAGACAAAAUAUUCUUACUGCCGCUGAAGCUAAAAAUUUCACCAAGGCUGACAUCUAUCCAAACCCCAAGUUAGAAUGGGUUCAGAAGAUCUACAUGAGAAUACUGCAGCAAGUGUUCAGCGUUCGAGUGGAACAUUUUUAUAUGGUACCUGUGACUCUGGAUAUUCCGUACCCUCAUCUUGUUGAAGGCUUUUCACCACUGGCCUAUAUUGUAUCUUACAUGGGACGCCUGCUGCCGAUAUGUCGCGUAUAUGAGUUUCAACCGUCUGAUGUUCUGAAUCCCAAAGGGAAACAUAUUAUCACCUUGCUUAGUGGGAUUGUCAACUUCCUCCACUUCAGGAAUACCCGGUUGGACACCUACAAUGAAUUCACUCUUAGAUAUAAAUCUGCCUUGGAUAUCAUGAACCAGCAGCAGAAGGUCAUUCGGGAGUUGGAAGCUAAAAAAGAAAAACUUAUAACUAUCCCACCUGAACAACAAGCAGAAUUCAAAGCUCUUUCCAGUGAUAUCAAAGACUUGCAGCAGAAUAUAAAUCUGGAAUAUCACGCAAAAGAUAGCGCUUUUCAGGAACAAUUGGCACAGAAAAAAUUGGUUAUUGCAGAAAGAGGAAAAAAACUGAACCAGUUAAAGCUUGCUAUUGCUACAAUGAAGGAGGAGCAGGAGCUCAUGAAAUCCCAAAUUGUGGAAUCGCCAGAACAACGUAAAGACAAGACUAAGAGGAUGAAGGAAGAGGUCCACAAAUUUAAGGGAGCCAAGGUAGAGACACUAGAGAAGUAUGACCAUUACCGGGAGAGGGUGAACCUGGCUUCUUUGUGGCUAGUAGAUGUACAAGCUUAUAACAAGAAGCUGCAUAGCAUGGAGGCCAACAUGGAAAUGUUUAAGAAGAUUCGGGAAGAGAUUAGACAAGAGGAAGAACACAUUUUAAAAGAAAAGCUUGAUCAGAAGUCCAUAACUUCAGAAGAGACACAAUUAAAAAGGACUAGUGUCAUGAAAAAGGAGAAGCUUUCAAAAAUGGAUAUUAAAAACCUAAACAAUCAAGAGAACUUUGAGCAGCAAAAGAAGGAUAUUUCAGAGACCUGUAGUCGCAUUCAAGAAAAGAGACAGGCUAUGGGUGGACGCGUGUCACAUGUUCUUCAAGAAAUACAGCAGAAUAACUGUAAAAAAGAACAGGUUCUUGAAAGAGCAGAAAAAGUAAAGAGGACCUGUGAGGAUGUUGUGGCAAAUUUCAGAGCUGCACUGGAGAUAUACCAUGGCAACCUGCAAAAGACACUUGAUCGCAGUGCUGAGCGAAGACGAGAAAAGCUGGAUGAGCUGAAAAGGUUGAGCCGAAGAUAAAUUUGCACUAAUUGCACAA